AUGACAAUUGAACCAAAUACAAAGAAACAAAAAUUAGACAUGUCAGAUAAAUUACAAGUAUUUUUAAGAUCUUCAUAUGCUAAAUUACCUACAAAAGGAUCAAAAUUUGCUGCUGGUUAUGAUAUAUAUUCUUCAGAAAAUGCUAUAAUACCUAAACAAGGUCAAGGAUUAGUUAAAACUGAUAUAUCAAUUGCAAUUCCAUUAGGUACUUAUGGUAGAAUUGCUCCAAGAUCAGGCUUAGCUGUUAAACAUGGUAUUUCAACUGGUGCUGGAGUUAUUGAUUAUGACUAUAGAGGUGAAGUUAAAAUUGUAUUAUUUAAUCAUUCAGCUAAUGAUUUUGAAAUUAAAACAGGUGAUAGAAUUGCACAAUUAGUAUUGGAAAAAAUUGUUAAUGCUGAAAUUGAAGAAGUUACAGAAGAAGACUUGACAAAAACUGAUAGAGGUGAAGGUGGAUUUGGAUCGACUGGUACAAAUUAG